AUGGGCUCCCUCAGGGCAGCAAAUGCCAAGUUCUGCCUAGACUUCUUCAAAGAGCUGAGCAAAGUAAAAAGAAAUGCAAAUACCUUCUUCUGCCCACUGAGCAUCUCAGCUGCCCUGAGCAUGGUCCGGCUGGGUGCCAGAGGCAACACAGCCGAAGAGAUGGAAAAGCAUGAAGCGAAGGAGGGCAAGGGAGACUUACCUGCUAAAUGGCAGCACUUCAUCCAAAAGCACGGCGAUCGCAGCAUCACAAUGUGCUCUCUCAGCGCAGCCAAUGCCAAGUUCUGCCUCGACUUUUUCAGAGAGCUGAGCAAAAUAAAAAGAAAUGAAAACAUCUUCUUCUCGCCGCUAAGUCUCUCAGCUGCCUUUGGGAUGGUUGUCCUCGGAGCCAGGGGCAACACACUGGAGCAGAUUGAGAAGGUAUUUCAUUUCAGUGAAGUUUUGAGCAGUACAAGCCAGGGAAACAGAUACCCUUCUGAGAAGUGCCAAGAAGCUGGAGGAGUCCAUUCCCAGUUCCAGGCUCUGUUAGCUGCAGUCAGUGAACCCAGACCAGGCAGCUCUCUCACCAUUGCCAACAGGCUCUUUGGAGAAAUUACUUAUCCGUUCUUCCAGCAAUACUUGGAUUCCACAAAGAAAUUCUAUCGAGCAGAACUAGAAGCAGUCAAUUUUAAAUACACUGAAGAAGAAGCCAGAAAGAAGAUUAACUUCUGGGUGGAAAAUGAGACAAAAGGUAAAAUCAAAGACCUAUUUGCUGCUGGGUUUAUUGAUCCCUCCACAGUACUUGUCCUGGUCAAUGCUAUAUAUUUUAAAGGAAAGUGGGCAGUGGAAUUUAAGAAAGAAGACACUAAAGAAACAUAUUUCCGACUGAACAAGAAUGAGAAAAGGACAGUGCAGAUGAUGUUUCAAGAAGGUUAUUUUAACAUGGCCAUUAUAGAGGAACUGAAAAUGAAAGUGAUAGAGCUCCCAUACUUCAGGAAUGAACUGAGCAUGUUCAUUCUUCUUCCUGAAGCUGUCUGUGAGGACUUUACUGGCCUAGAACAGCUUGAAUGCACCCUCACAUAUGAAAAACUAGCAGGAUGGACCAGCUCGGCUAGGAUGCAACAGCUGAGAGUGAAGGUGUACCUGCCCCAGUUCAAGAUGGAGGAAAGUUAUGUUCUCAACAAAACUCUCCAGGAGAUGGGACUGAUGAAUGUUUUUGACUGGGGAAAAGCGGAUUUGUCAGGAAUCUCUAGGAAAGAUGGUUUAGUUGUGUCCAAGGCCAUCCAGAAGUCAUUCAUGGAAGUCAACGAAGAGGGCACUGAAGCAGUUAGUGCCAUGGGACUUGUUGCAGUGCCUCUGUGUCGCCCAGUUUCUUAUGAGUUCAAAGCUGACCAUCCAUUCCUCUUCUUCAUCAGACACAACCCAACCAACACCAUUCUCUUCUUUGGAAGAUAUUCCUCCCCUUAA